AAGGUGGUUUCAGAUCACAUAUGCGUAUAUAGCACCAGUGAUUAUCACUUGUGGGAUCGUUGGCGAUAUUCUCACGGUGGUAACCCUCACUCAUCCGCUCUUGAGGAAGAGUACCAUCAUUUACAACUACUUAACAUUGCUGGCUAUGACUGACCUUUUAACGCACUUCUCUGUAAUUCCCAUGAUUAUGUGGCUGCUUGACGUACGCGCCUGCUCUUCAGCAGCAUCGUUCUACUACGCUCAUAUCGGAUUUCCACUGGUAAGUGUGUCUUAA